AUGGCUACUAAGUUGUAUAUUGUGUAUUAUUCCACUUAUGGACAUGUAGAGAAGCUAGCUGAAGAGAUAAAGAAAGGGGCUGCAUCUGUUGAAGGAGUUGAACCCAAAUUAUGUCAGGUACCUGAGACACUGAAUGCUGAGGCACUUGGGAAAAUGAGUGCACCUCCUAAGAGUGAGAUACCAAUAAUCACACCAAAAGAACUCCCUGAAGCAGAUGGAUUUAUUUUUGGAUUCCCAACAAGAUUUGGAAUGAUGGCUGCUCAAUUUAAAGCAUUUCUUGAUUCCACUGGUGGACUUUGGAGAACACAAAAGCUUGCUGGGAAGCCUGCUGGUAUCUUUUAUAGCAGUGGGUGUCAAGGUGGUGGCCAAGAAACUACUCCAUUGACAGCAAUUACUCAACUUGUUCACCAUGGGAUGAUUUUUGUACCAAUUGGAUAUACUUUUGGUGCGGGUAUGUUUGAAAUGGAGAAUGUGAAAGGCGGAAGUCCCUACGGUGCAGGGACUUUCGCUGGGGAUGGUUCUAGACAACCAUCCCAGCUUGAGCUCCAACAAGCUUUUCAUCAGGGUAAAUACAUCGCUACAAUCACCAAAAAACUUAAAGGGAGCCCAUGAUUUGUGCU